GACUCUGAUUUUUAACUCUGCUAUACUUGCUGGGGCCCUGAUGGGCGCGGGCGAAUUUCCUCGGGCGCGGGAGGCGGUUCGGACCCUCGCGUGACAGGAGGCUGUGCCGAUAAGGACUUUGACAGUGGGAGACUAGAAGAGAAGCACCAUCACAAUGUGGAAAGCUCAAGCUGGCCAUCAGAUUGUCAUUGACAAUGGUAACGAUGACGACGAUUGGGAGACUGAUGCAGAUUAUGUCAACAACAUGACUGAAGAAGAGCAAAGAUAUGGCACAAAACGGGACAUCGGUGCUAUUAACAUGAAAGAAUAUCGGGAGCAAGCAAUCAUUGCAGAUGCUGAGAUCAAGCGCAAGGAGUCUGAAGAAGGGCCAAAGGCAUCCUAUGGCUAUGGGGGGAAGUUUGGUGUGCAGAAGGACAGGAUGGACAGAAGUGCAGAAACUCAUGAAUAUAUAGGAAAGGUGGAGAAGCAUGCCAGCCAGAAAGACUACUCGACUGGAUUUGGAGGGAAGUUUGGUGUACAGAGUGAUCGGAAGGACAGCUCUGCCGUUGGCUGGGACCACAUUGAGAAGGUUGAUAAGCAUGAGAGCCAGAAAGAUUACAGUCAAGGCUUUGGAGGAAAAUUUGGAGUACAGAGUGACCGCCAGGACAAGUCGGCGUCGGGCUGGGACCACAUUGAGAAGGUGGAGAAGCACGAGAGUCAGAAAGACUACUCUAAGGGCUUUGGAGGCAAGUAUGGUGUAGAGAAGGACAGGCAGGACAGAUCAGCAGCUGGUUGGGACCACAUUGAGAAACUGGACCAACACGAGAGCCAGAAAGAUUACUCCAAGGGUUUUGGUGGCAAGUUUGGUGUGCAGUCUGACCGCCAGGACAAAUCUGCUGCAGGAUGGGACCACAUUGAAAAGGUUGAGAAACAUGAGAGUCAGAAAGACUAUUCUAAAGGUUUUGGAGGAAAAUUUGGAGUGCAGAAGGACAGACAGGAUAAGUCUGCUGCAGGUUGGGACCACAUAGAGAAAACGGAAAAGCAUGAAAGCCAGAAGGACUAUUCCAAAGGAUUUGGAGGAAGGUUUGGUGUACAGAAGGAUAGACAGGAUAAGUCUGCAGCAGGUUGGGAUUAUAUAGAGAAGACAGAGAAGCACCAGAGUCAAAGAGACUAUUCUAAAGGUUUUGGUGGGAAGUUUGGAGUGCAGAAGGACAGACAGGAUAAGUCUGCAGCAGGUUGGGACCACAUAGAGAAAACGGAAAAGCAUGAAAGCCAGAAAGACUACACACAGGGAUUUGGUGGCAAAUUUGGUGUGCAAUCUGACCGCCAGGACAAAUCUGCUGCAGGAUGGGACCACAUUGAGAAAGUAGAAAAGCACGAGAGUCAGAAAGGUGAUUUUCUGUUUGUAAAAUGUGGGCGGAAGCAGAUUUUCUUGUCUUCCUUCAGUUUAUUCACAUCUGGUUUUCAGCUCUGUCAUGUCAUAUAUAGUACCAUAUUUUCAUUCUUUCACUUUGUGAAGUGUGGCUGACAACUCGCAUACAUA